UUCUAAAUGAAAAUUCCCAGGGAAAUAUUUCCCUUUUCCCUUCUCUCAUAUUCUAAACGAAAAAUUCCCGGGGAUUUUGUUCCCUUUUCUCUUUUCCCUUAUUAUAAACUAACUUCGAAUGUGGGAACAAAUACUCCGAGAAAAAAGUAGGCAUUCUAAAUGUCAAAAGAAGGGAAUUAAAAAAUGUAUUUGGCGCGAGUUUCUUCCCGAUAAAUUUGGUGGGGAGUUUGACCAAAAUGUCUAAAACAACAAACAAGUGCCAGCUUCAAAUUCUGUUGAGUUUGAUGGAAGCCCAACGCGAUAUUGCUUGUGGCUUCCAGAAAGGAAGCAAGGAGGAGGUGUUACUGUUUUGGCAUGCGGCUGAAAAUGCUUUAAAUGCAUCUGGGCCACCAAGCAAAAACAUAUCGGAAUGGAAAAAGGUGUGGUGUGACCAGAAAAAAUAUGUUAGAGCUAAGGCUGCUACAAACCUUAAGGCCAGAAAUGGUACUGGCGGUGGGCCAAACAAAGAACAAAAACUUUCCGACUAUGAACAGGCUGUCUACGACUUAAUUGGGAUGAAAGAGUCAAUAGAAGGUGUAACAGCAAAAACUUUUGGCCUGGAAACAAAAAAGGUAAACAAAGAAAAUGUUCAACCUCCGGAAAACGAACCUGUAGUUGAAGGAUACCUCCAGGAAUUAGUUAUUGAAGCCCUAUAUGACGAACCAGAAUCAACACCAGUAAAUACAACGCAAAGGGGUUACCCUCGUCCGAGUACAAGUAGUACAAAGAAAAGGACUGCCUCAGAAGCUUUUGAUGAGGAACUUAAGACUCAAAGGGAGUUAUGUGAGGCUGUCAAGGGUGUAGUUGAGGAAAUUAAAGAAAAUAGAAGAAACACCACAAAAGUUUACCGAGCUCUUGACAAAAUUUAUGAAUUUAAAAAAAAAAGUUAUGAAGAUUAUUUGGCGAUAAAAAAAGAAAAACUUGAGGAACUAACUAACCAAGAAUCCAAAAAUUUCUUGCUCCAUUUAAAUAUUCCUGCUCAAAGUGCACCUUUAGUGGGCUCACAUUCCAAAUGA